UAAAACGCAAAACGAUGCCUAUCGCGUGAAACAAGAUUUUACGGGUACGUCAACCUUGAGGGUUUUUCCUGGUCGUACAGCACUGGUCCCUAUCGGAAAGUGGAUUGCGAUUGGCCGCGCGAAUCCCAGACUGGAAUCAGACAGUGGAAUGGGUUGUCUGGCAAUCGAAUAAAAGGGGAGGGAGGAGUGAUUUCGCGCGUUGAACGGAUACCGAAUAAUUUCGAAGAGAUUUGCGAGUCUCGGCGUCGUCUCGAUUAAUCGGGCGAAGAUUAUUAAAACAGGCGAAUCCGUCCAUCAGAGCCUGACGAGAUGUCCGUCAUGGGAAAGCCGGUACUCUACUCCUAUUGGCGGAGUUCCUGCUCGUGGAGAGUGCGAAUCGCACUGAAUUUAAAAGAAAUCCCAUACGACAUAAAACCAGUUAGCUUGAUAAAGAGCGGUGGAGAACAGCACUCUAAUGAAUUCCGCGAAAUUAAUCCAAUGGAACAGGUGCCAGCACUUCAUAUUGACAAUCACACGUUAAUAGAAUCGUUAAAUAUCUUGCAAUACUUAGAAGAAACCAGACCACAUCGGCCUUUAAUGCCUGCAGAUCCAGUGAAACGAGCAAGAGUCAGGGAAAUUUGUGAGGUUAUCGCCAGUGGUAUUCAACCAUUGCAAAAUUUAGUUGUACUGAUCUAUGUUGGAGAGGAACGUAAAAAGGAAUGGGCGCAACAUUGGAUUACUAGAGGCUUAACAGCUGUAGAGAAAUUAUUGUCAUCCAGUGCGGGGAAGUACUGUGUAGGUGAUGAAAUUACAUUAGCAGACUGUUGUUUAAUACCACAGAUAUUUAAUGCAAGAAGGUUUCUUGUUGAUCUACGACCUUUCCCAACAAUUUUAAGGGUAGAUCGCCACUUAGAGAAUCAUCCAGCAUUCACUGCUGCUCAUCCAAACAAUCAGCCUGAUUGCCCUCCAGAGGCAACCAAGUAGCAAGCAAGGCAGACCACCCUCUUCCUCUUCUAAUUCGUUAGAAACAGGAAGGGAGGUGGUCAAAUAUAUUGUAGUUUUGUAGUGGCAAAAGGUGAAUGCAAUUUCAUUUAACAAAAAGAGUUAUUAGAAUAUGUAAUUAUGUUGAAAUGAUAAUAAUAUGCGUUCAAAUAUUUUAAAAUUUGAAUAUGAUCAAUUCUUCAUAAUUGUGGAUUGUGCAUUAGCGAAUUAAAAUUUAGAGAAAGAAAUACAACUAUUUCUUAAUCGCUUUUCUAAAUUUUUUUUCCUUUUAAGUACAAGUAUACACCUUUUGUCACUUGUGAACUACGUUUAGGUACUGAAAUGGUAAACAGUGUGAUGUAGGGUAUCGAAUUAAAUGAUAAUUUUUAAUUGAUUGCAAAAGUGAUUUUUUCGUGAUACGGUAUCUAUUUCGGACGAAGAGACGCACUGUACCAUUUCUGUACUUAUUCAGAGGAUAAGAAUGUUGGCCUAUUUUUAAUUUUGUUAUAUUUUUUCAUUGAUUUUUAUAUAUAUAUACAGAAUCAAAAUUAACUAAAUUCGUCUUCGUGUAAUACUUACAAUAUUACUUUGUAAAACGUACUGACCUAUUAUAAAUAGGUUCUGUUGUCUGAAAUCAAAAGUUUACUUUUUAUACACUUACAAUAAUAUAAUUUUUCAGUUACUUUUAGCUUACUUAGGCUAAGGAGAAGUGUUGCUAUUAAAUAAUAUUAAAUAUACAACUUGAAAUUCUGUAUUGAGUAUAAAGUAGCAGAUUUAACAUCGCAGGUACACAUACUCGUACACACACUGAAUAAACAGAAGAGGAAACGUGUAAUAAGGGAAUGCAAUCUGCUCAAACUCCGUAAUACUAAUCGAGGAAUGAAAAGUACAAAUCAAAUUCCUUUUUCUAAAGCUUCACCUUUGAGUGCAUUUCAUUUUUCUCUGUAAACUACUGUCAGCCCACAUAAGUAAACAUUUCCAAAUACUAGAUACGAGAUAAAUUUCGAUUUUACAUAUUUUUUUAAUGUUGAGAAAAUAGGAAGGUGUGCUCGAUUUUGAUAUGUCGCACGAACCCAUGACGUGUCUAUUAUCAUUAAGAAUCAUUCUCUGAGCAUUCUAUAAAAAAGAAUUGUAACAUAGAAUCAUUCUCUGAGCAUUCUAUAAAAAAGAAUUGUACUCCAUAGCAUAGUUAAAACGUUUUUUUUUUUCUUUUUUAUUAUCAAUUCUCGUCAGAUUGAUAGAAAACGAGCUAGAGAAGUGUAGCUAGAGAUUUUCUAGGAUAUUUUUACGUUUCAAUAUUGAGCACACUUUGAAACUUUACAGUAUAUUUUUUGCGAAGAAUAAUCUUUAUAUAGAGAUACAUUUUUUAUUGUAUCACCUAUAUUAUAUAACUUCCAUAUAUUUUGUAGUUUUAUACAUGAACGAUACGUUUAUUGUGCAACAAUGGUCACAGACGUCAACAGACGAAACAAAAUUGCGUGGCAAAUUUUAUCCAAAUGACAUCCGGCAUUGUUCCUUAUUGCCGGGUUCCUUUUUACCGUUAUUUUCUACGUAAGGCGAAGUACCACUUGGACUUGUAACAAAAAUCGUACGAUAGAAAAUUGGAAGUUCGCAAGUUUUUUAGGGAAUACUGUAAUUAUGUAAGGACGAAGGGGACAUUUGUUUGCAUGCUUUUCCCAUGCAAUCGUCUAACUAUACGCAUAGUUAGAGAUAGUUCGUAAUUUAUAUUUUAACAUAAGGGGCGGGAGGGGGAAGGAGGAAAACGGAGAACGUACACUUUAUAUUUAGACGUGUGCGUUAUGCAAGCAUGUGAUUAGAUAAUAAUAUAUAUGUAUAUAAUUUUUAUACAACACAAAUUCGACUGUUGCAUGCAGAGAACAGUUUCUCCAGUCGUAUCUUCGAGAUGGCUGCUCGUAUCAUUUUAACGAAUAAAAUAUCGCAUGUCUUAUAUAUCAUAGAGUUCGUCGGGCACGCAUAACGAAAGGAAAUGCAAACAAGUGGCGACCUUCCAGCGUAAUCGCACAAAAAGGAAAAAAAAGCUCUUAUUUUUCUGUCGAUCACUCUCGAGGCGUGUGUCGAUCAUUGCGACGUAAGAUGGCGAUGAACAUUAAAACGAUCGUGAUCGUGACCGCGAGGAGCAGAAUCCAACUUUCCUUUGUAACUCUCGUGAUACUCUUGUUACUCUUGUAAUAAUAAAAUAUCGGGGCAAGAGAAAUGGACAAUUUUUGUGUGAAAAAACGUGCGCUUCCGGAGAAGGAAAAGAGAAAAGACCACCGAGGUCUAUAAAGGAGUAAACGAGGGAAAUUUACGAAGUCAGUGUACAAAUAUCAUCGCGUCGAACGAUGAUCCACUCGUGUUCGAUGCGAUAGGAAUGAAUUCUCCAUUUCUCUGGGGAGGCUGGCUCUUUUUCUUUUUUUCUUUCAACGAGAGACCGAUAUAACUAUACUUUUAGCGUACACCAGGCUUUUUCACUAUUAGCUACGUUCGCAAACACGUGAGAGCUCGAAGCAGGAAAGUACGUAAUGAUAAUGAUAAUAUCAUUGUUACGAUUACGAUUGUAAUAUAUUAACAAUGAUAACGAAUCAGCGAACGUUCGUUUUAACAGACAAAUUAACAAAGAAAAGCAUAGAAUCGCUGUAUAGUCGGAUGAACUAAGGGCAAUAAUGGUUUAACCAAUUUUAGAAGUUCAUUUCACCGAUGAUGGUCCUAAGUAGAAUUUAGUUAGAUAGUGCCGCGUACACAUUUGUAAAAGGAUGCGUGAGCAAACUUUGUAGAAGGAGCAAAUGCGAGUAUGUAUUAUAAUAACGAAUGCAAACGAUACUUAUAAUGAAAACUUAAACGAAAGAAAAACAAAAAAAUAAAAAAAUACAAAAAAAAAAAACGAACCACCGGUAUGAUACGCAUAGAUAUUUUGUAAGUGAAAAUGAAUUAUGUACGUUCACUGCUUAUGAGGAAUAAUAAAUUCUGUGUCAUAGUGUAUGUAUAUUAAUUUGUAGUUGCGAAGCUAAGAAAAAAAAAAAAAAAAAAACGCUGUCAACAAGCUAUAAAUACAUUUGUGAAUGUGCACUUAUCAUUCGAAUAAAAGAUACGUUUUGACUGUAA